AUAAAUCUGAAUUUUGCAGAGAUGGAAUCGGAAUCACAGCUUCUUUCUUCUCAAGACGAUGGUGUCCAAGAGUUUCAGACCUUGGGCGCCAACCUUCUUACUGCUGAUUCUCCUUCUCCAAGGGGGUCAGAGUAAGACCAGCCUUGGUACCACCUGGAAUGACAGAAUAAAAGAUAUCUUGGUUAGCAUUACUGCAAAAAUACCUCCAAUUGAAGGGAUACCCAUAGGGGAAAUUGUCAGCACCCUUUUGAAAAUAUUCUGGCCUGAAUCGGAGGUGGACAUAUGGAGCCUCAUUAAAGACCAAGUUGAACAUUUAGUAGAUAAGAAAAUCCUCGAAUUUGAACUACAGGAAAGACAAAACGAGAUCAGAGCCCUGCAGAAGACAAUGGAGAUGUAUGUUGAAGCCCAGGUGAGAGAAAAAGGUUCAUUAAUGUCCUCCAUGAUCCACGCAAGCAAUGAAUUAUUUUACAAGCUCACUCAAUCUUCAAAUAAACCUCAACUGAUUCCACUCUUGGUCACACAUUCUGCUCAACAUCUAAUAAUCCUCAAGGAGAGGCUUCUACAUGGGAAGGAAAUGUAUGAAGAGGACAACAGUAAAAUCUGGAAGAGCGAUCUUGAGUCUCAGAUAAAACUCUAUAAAGAUAGCUUUACUUCUGGAUAUAGUGCAUGGAUAGAAUGGAGGAAGGGUAGGAUUAUUGUGGAUGUCGGUGUACAUACAUACCCCAUGCCAGUACCACCCUUUUUCAGAUGGGAGCCUUAUGGUAGAGUGCACGAUGAAAUCACUGGACAUGAACACAAAUUCUUCUAUACACCAAUCGUGGGUCCUAACGAACCAAACUUUUUUAAAACUAUUUGUGAGACAGUGAAGAAAAACCUGUUCAGCAUUCAAAAUGGCCAAAUGCUACAGCUGUUGGUUACAACGUUUUACCUAGACAACUUUGUCCCUGGAAAAGAAGAUGAUCCUUCUGUCAUCCCGCCUUCCAUGGCUACAGCUACGUUUGGCCCCAUUUCACCUGGCAUUCAGAUGGCAUUUAGUGAACGAUAUGUUAUAUAUUCUCCAGGAAAUGAUAACAACAACUAUGGAGAAAUCACGGAUGUCUAUGUUUGGGAAUGGAACCAAAUCGACGGCUUGCAGUUUUUCUAUGAACGCGGCAGCGGAUGGUUUUCGGGUAAAUCUGGCGGUGGAUUCAAGCAUGAAGUCAGUGUAGCAAACAAGCACAUCAAGUCUUUAAAAGUUUGCAUUAAUAACUGUAACGUGAUAGAACUGACUAUUGGCUUCUCAAAUGGUGAGUCUACUGGACGUCUGGGAAACCGAGGCUCCUGGGUCGUUGAAUGUACUGAGACAGGAGGAAUUGAUACAUACGGGCUCUACAAUGUUCGUAAGGUAGGGGGAGGCUGUGGCAGUGGUCUUUAUCAAAUUGAACUGGACUACAAGGCAUACCCUACUAAACCAUCUCAGAUUGACUCAUAUAAAAGUCACCUUAUAGAUGACAGCGCUCUCAAAUACCGCUCAACUAGAGAUGUGAAUAAAAUUCGAUGCUGCCGCGAAACGAUGCCAUACAUGUCAACCAUUGAGUAAUAAAAAAAAACACAGGUGAUUUGGAAAAGCAAGAUAAAGCAAGAAGAACGUCAGAUAAAGUAAUCCUCAAACGCUCAAUCUGGUGUAAUGUGAUAUUCAGAUACUACACAUCAGAAACAGCUACACAUAUUGACAUCAUAAGAAAUGUAUUGAUUUCAAUAAAAUCCAUGUCAAUAAACUACCAUAAACUCA